AUGCCUCAGACCGCAGAGGCAGAGGCAUUCUUGAAGCGCAUUGCUGAUUUACCUGCUGGCCCCGGAACGUCCCUCGACGAUGCUUUAAAGCCAUCCAUAGAAGACGAAGCCGAGUUGCGUCGUCUUUUCGCCACUGAUAAGGGGCACCCGCGGCUCGAGGAUCCAUUCGUCGGUCUUGUCGACGUUUUCGCAGCGCCGGCCGACAUCAGGACCACAAGAGCUCGAGUCAUCGCUAACGGUGAUGAUCUCAAAGCUCACCAUGUUAUGCCGCUGCCAGAAUUUGCCAGACGCAAGGAAGGCGAGCCCGCUAUGGUGACUACACUUGAUGAGUUCAAGAAGAACUGGGCGAUUUUCAGCGAGAACUCGCUGUCGCAGCUCACAGAUUGGAGCAACGUAGUCGCCGCAGGAGGUUCUGUUCAAGCCUGUCUCGCCCCUCUGCCAGACGCAGCCAAGGCGUCCAAGAGAGCCAUGAGGAAGUGGUAUCACUCCCAAGCGUACCCAACUUCUGAUGUCGACCUCUUUCUGUGGGGCCUUACGUCUGAGCAGGCUGAGCUCAAGAUCAAGUCGAUCUACGAGGCAGUCCGUGAUUCCGUGCCCUGGGAUGUAACGUGUGUUCGAACGAAGCACGCCGUUUCCAUCUACUGCGAGCGAGUAUUGGCGAAUCCGCGCGCCAUCGUCGCCAUGAUGCGACAGUGUAAUACUAUCGACGCCUCGAGACGGUCACCGUCGUACGAAGUUCGUCUCGCAAAGUACUUCUCCAGAGGUUUCGAGGUCUACGUGCCCGAGCUACGCCGCGAUGAAAUUGAUCCGACGAUCUACGAGAGGUCUAUUGUCUAUAUCGAGGGACUCGCUAGGCUCCUGGUUCUCGAAAGGCUAGCAGAUCCUGAGACCCGCGAGGUCUUCUUGUCGUCUCGCCGUAUCCUGCGCGGACGCCAGAUGACUUCGCGUCGAAUGAAAAAGAAGCCGCGAAAGUACAAAGGCGACUUGAAGAACACUGGCGGUCUUGGUGUUCUUGAGAUGAGCGACUACGACGUCGCCUCCUUGCAUAUUCCUUACGGUCCGGGGUGGGACGCUAGGAGGAUUGAGAAACUCGUGUAUCAGACGGACCUUGGCAUGAACUCUACCUUCAAUCCGAAGAAUAAGGGUAGGCGUCUCCACCGGCAUCCUGCAUUCUUCGGGACGAUAGAGGAGUGCAUUGAGGAUUGCUGCGAACAUUGUCCUGAACCCACAAGUGACGAGGAGAAGAAGUUACAAGCGGACGAGGACAAACUGUACAUCCGUGGUCGGAUCGAAUUUAUACAGGAAAACCCAGGCCGACAAAGUAUUUCUGGUAGCUUCAACCCUAUUGACGUCGGCGAGUGGAGUGCACAAGCCUAUAUCGGGCCCUCAGAACAGUUCUUUAUGGCCAUUGGCGCGCACGACGCGGCCAAGGUCCGUGCCAUGAUCCAGGAAGGCGUCGAUGUCAAUAGACGAGACCAUGUCGGGAGAACCCCGCUGCAGCUCGCCAUCUUCAGCAGAGCAUCUGAGGUCGCCACGAAUUUAAUUGAUGCUGGGGCAAGGAUUACAGCCCGCCUGGCGGAUGGCCGGACGGCUUUGCAUCUCGUCGCUCAGACCAACCAGCUACAUAUCCUGCAAAAGUUACUAGAGAAGAGCGCUCUCAACACCGAGAUAGCCGAACAAGAGAAACAAGACGAUGAGAAGCAGGCAGAAGACUCACAGGAGGAUGCGGAGGAUACGGACGAAAGUUCCGAUGAAUCGGAAGAGGACAGCAGCGAAGAUGACUGGGACUCGGAAUCGUCCAGUGGCGAAGCAAAAACCGGAGCUUCUCCAGCAGGCGAUGGUGAAAUACCCGAAGACCAUGAAAAGACCCCGGAUAUAUUAGAUAUCAACGUCGCGGACUGGGACUACACAUGGCCGGCGCUGUUCUACGCGGUUCUGUCAGGCUCGCUGCCCGUUCUAGAUGCACUACUGACAGCAGGCGCAGAAGCAAAGGCGUUCACCGGAGGAUACGACGCGCUUACCAUCACUUCGUAUCACGACGAUAAUGAUACAGCAAUGAAAUUGGCCGAACGACUAUUCACGGCAGGAGCUACCUCGUCAAUGGCUGAUUCCACAUUUCUUCCUUUCGUUCCUUCCUUCCACCGCGUGUUGAAUGCCGAUAGACCCCUUCUCGUUUGGGCAUUCCUACGUGGGGACCCGAAUGCUAAAUCUGUGCUGAAUUUUCCGUCCCCAAGUAGCCUAGGCUAUCCUGUAGUAUCUGCCAUAGGAGCUCGAAGUUACAGUACCUUGGCCGUACUACUAGCUUACGGCGCGAAGCUUGAAUUGUCCGAGGAGGACGUGCUUAAAGCUUGGGCAUCCCUUCCGCAACGAAGGGGACCGUCCUUCCCCAUCGGUCCAAUUGAAGUGGCUGUCGCGAGCAGGACUCCAGGUGCCUUGACCCAGCUACUUCUGUCUCUCGGGGUCGAUGCCAAUCGACGAAUCAAGCAGCAGAUAUAUGUCAGCCGUGACAACUUGUCCAUCCCUAUCUUAGAAUGGCUGCGAGCCGCAAUUAUCAAUGUGGAUGAGCAAAUCCGCGACCUGGAAGCACAAGAUCCGACUUCUACAUCCAGCGCCUCAGCGUCAACUUGGCACGAAGAGCUCCAGCGCCUGGAUGCAAGUAUUCGAGCCAUACAAGUAGGGACACGACGAAGCGCCGAAUUUAUCAACAGGUUGAGCGACAUUCGAUGGUAUCUGAAAGAACACGAGGAACUAUUGGCCGCUCAGGCGGGCAACUCAAAUAUAGAAGCGCCGGAAACCUCACGUCUACAAACACUAGCCCUUUUAAACGAUAACCUUUUCGGCGCCGGGCGUCGAUCUAAGCCGUCCCAGGAGACAUCAGGCUAUUUCAAGGUUCAGGGAGAUAAGGUAUGGAUGCACUCAUCCGUGCCGAUGCACGAGAAGGCUGCCUACGAUGCAUUGUACGAAGCGUGUUAUCGAGGAGACAACAAGGUCGUCCGAGAGAUGUGCCUACCACAAGCCGUGAGGCCUGAUAACCUUCCCCUGCAAAUCACAGUCUGGAAAUAUGUGGGAAGCAACAUGUAUAGAGGAUGGACUCCUCUUGCUGUGGCUGUGCUCGCUCGCCGAUGGGACACGGCUCGUCUGAUCAUGGCCAUAGCAGUAGCACAAUACAAGUCGCCUGAAGAGAAGCAGGCUCCAUUCGAAUUUAGGGGCAUCAAUCUUGGCGAUGAUUCCGACUCCGAGUCAGAGGAAUCUUACCUCUCGGAGGAAGACGAUGCCAGUCAGGAAGAGCUGCAAGUCACUGAUGUGACCAAGCUCCCUUCAGCUGUACGCACUGAAACUCCGCCGAAGGUACUACUACAAGAAGUGCAGCUGGAAUGGCCUAAGAAUGACGGCAAGACAAUUUCUUAUGUCACGCCUAUCAUCAAAGCCAUUAUGGAAGACGACCUUGAAGCUUUCGUCAACAUCUGCGACUUGUAUCACAGUGGGCCGGAAAGGAUUCCGUUCGCAAGAAACGACUUUAUCAACCUGCUCUCCUACGAUCGGCCUGAAAUGCUCGACGAGGUCGUUCGUCGCACCGGGUUCGGAAUCCAAUUACCAGAGGAAUCAGAGGAGACCGAAUCGAGGGGUGAGUCGGGCGGUGUUCCGAAACCCAUUCUGUAUCUAGGCCUCAACGUGCACGGCAAGAAGAGACGUGACUUGGCGCAGAAGGUCGACCCGAACGCUCAGCAAGGUUACCCUGCGGAUACGGUCCCGCUGGUGUGGAAAGCGGCUCACACAGGUGCCAUCCAGAUCCUACAAUACUUGAAAGGGGAGCGGCCACUAGCUGCAUACAGGUACUACGCCGCCACCCACAGUGACACGGUCGCACGCGGAAUCCGCGAGAUGCCCGCCUUCAGUGACUCCCUACCCAGCUUACUAGGCUGGAAUUACAACGUCGUAGACGAGUCGCCGUUGACAGCAGCUGUAAUAGGAGAUGCGGCAGCAUCCGUGAAGGAGCUGUUCAAGCUUGCUCCCAAGCUAUCUGAAGACGCUCUCAAUAAACCUGUCAAGUUCUCUGGUUACACACCGCUUCUCCUUGCAGCAGAUCGCGGCGUAAAACCAGAACUGCUUGAUUGCUUACUGUCGAAGGGCGCCUCCCCCUUCGAGUGCGACCACCGAGGAUGGAACAUAUAUCACGUCGCACUAUAUAAAGGGCACCAGGCCCUUUUCGACCACAUGGUUACCAAGUUUCCUCAGGAUGUCACGGAGUAUCUCAUGAAUCAACGGUCAAGACAAGGGCAGAACCUGCCUUUACAUUUCGCAGCUCACCAGCCUUGGGUGGGGCUCGACAUCCUGCGACAACUGCUCACAAGGGGUGCUAACGACCAGCUCCUGAAACGCAACACGGAAGGCCUGACCCCACUCCAUCUCGCUAUUCGCAGCGGUUACCCGCAUGUUGCUCGCGUUUUCCUCAACGCUAGUCCUGAUGAGGGAUUGCAUACGGAAGACGGUACGGGCUUGACGCCCUUGGAGAUCGCCUCGCAAAAGGCCAUUGCCCACUGGACACACCGAAUCGUCGCCGGGCCGCCGGAGUUGUCCGCUCACAACGUACCAGACAAACCCGUGCCUGCCGAGCACGACUUCCGGCACCUUGAGCGGGAGGUGCCGCGUUUGCGAAGGGUAGUGGAUGAGCUGAUACAACAGGGACAGGUGGUAAAGACGACGAAGUUGGGAGUACAAUUGCAAGCAUUCGUUGAGCGCAUGGAGGGUGUCUACCAGGCUGCCCGUAUGUCUGAGCAGAUGGAGACGGAGGAGGACGAGACGAUAAAACCGAACCCCAUGAAGACGUUGAGGGUGGUGAAGGAGGCUGUUAACGCUCGGCCUGGCCCUCGUAAGUUGGUGAGGUUGCGGGAUGCGCAGAUUGCAGUACAGUACAGCCUGGAUCGACUCAGCGGAGAGAAUAACCGAACGGAACAGCCUGCGGAGGAUGGCUUAGAGCAGGAGCAGGACAAAGAAGCGUCUCUAAAGGAGCAGAGUAUUUUAUGGAACGUAUGGCCAGUCCCGGGCCAUAGCACCUUUGAAGCCGAGCCGUUGUAGAUUAGGCGAACAUAUUGAAUGUAGCGUUGCUGUCUUACGACUGCGUAUUUUGGUCAAGUACGACCUCCAUCUCGUUUAUUCCGUCCCGGUCAGAGGAGGAGGAGAAAACGUUGGCUCCAGCAGCUAAAGAUUCAAUCAACAAGCCCAGGCGUGAAGUAGUCAUAUUAGGCUCCUUGCGGAUCACUUCCAAGUCAUCCUUGAAGCCAUCGGCUAUUGAGGCCAUCCAGAAUUUCCUAAACUUUUCCUUCAGGGCCUGUUCAUCUAGUGACUCCUGUCCAGGUACAGCGCCCGGUGGGAAGGAAGGUAUCGUCGUAGGAGGCGGGGAGAUAGACGGCGACCUUCGUGAAACUACCUUUCUUGACGUACGCCGCUCAGAUACGUCCAUGGGCUCUACCACGUUGUCAUUAGACCUCGCUAGCUGUGUCUCAGACUCGGAUUCAGAUUGUGAAUCAGAACUUGAAGAUGAAUCUUCCGUUUCGGACGCCUCUUUCGCGGGUGCUGGGGUUCGAACAACAAUGCGAGGUGAUUCAUCGGAAGACGAGCCUGAGUCUGACGACGAUGACUCCGACGACGAGGCUACUCGUCUUUUGCGCUUUCUAUUGCGUUUU